GAUAGUAUCGGUAUUUUAUCCAUCCCUGGUCAUGAGUCACUUCGUUUAGAAUUAUUCAGUUUUAUUUUUAGUUUAGAAAAACGGUGCAUGCGUUCAGAAUUUAAAUAUAUUUAAGUUAUUUAUCUCAUCGAAAUAUAAACAUAAAACAUGCAGGACCCAAACGAAGACACAGAGUGGAAUGAUGUGCUGCGCGCCAAGGGAAUCAUUGGGCCCAAGGCAAAGGAGGCGGAGAUCACGGAGGAUCAGAUCCAGAAGCUUAUGGACGAUGCCAUCCAGCGGCGCACGGAUCUGCCACUAAAUGAGGGCCAGCGGGGCAAGCCGAUCGACGACAUGUCUCUGGACGAGCUCGACGAACUGGAGGACUCCGAGGACGAGGCUGUCCUGGAGCAAUAUCGCCAGCGACGCAUCGCCGAGAUGCGGGCCACCGCCGAAAAGGCGCGAUUCGGAUCGGUGCGCGAGAUCUCCGGGCAGGACUACGUCAACGAAGUCACCAAGGCCGGCGAGGGCAUCUGGGUGGUCCUCCACCUGUACGCCAACGGAGUCCCGCUCUGCGCCCUGAUCCACCACCACAUGCAGCAGCUGGCCGUCCGCUUCCCGCAGACCAAGUUCCUGCGCUCCGUCGCCACCACCUGCAUAACGAACUUCCCCGACAAGAACCUGCCCACCAUCUUCAUCUACCACGAGGGAUCGAUGCGCAAGCAGUUCAUCGGCCCGCUGGAGCUGCGCGGCGACAAGCUGACCGCCGACGAGCUGGAGUUCAUGCUGGGACAGGCGGGCGCAGUGCCCACGGAGAUCACGGAGGAUCCGCGCCCACAGAUCAGGGACAAGAUGCUGGCCGAUCUGGAGGACAAGAGUGCGGACUUCUACUGAGUAGUAGCCAAAUUAUAACCCUCAUACCACUUCCUGUGCUGUAGGGUGGGUCAAUAUAUAAGGAAUGAAUCAUGGGGGAAAAUUCCAAACUAAAUUUGGAUCUGUUGUGCUAAACGUUUUAACUUUUAAGACAAUUCAGAAACUAAAAUUGCAAACAAUUAA